AUGGAGCCUGCGGUGCUGGCUCCGCACAGCCUCCCACACCACGAACCCAUCAGCUUCGGCAUCGAUCAGAUCCUGAGCGGCCCCGAGCCCCCGGGGGGCGGCGGCCUAGGCCCGGGUCGUCCGGGCCAGAGCCACGGAGAGAGCGUUGCAUUCUCAGGUGGAUUCCACGGAGCCUCAGGCUACGGUCCCGCGGGCUCCCUGACCCCGCUGACCAGUAGCUCCGGAGUGGGACCCGGCGGCGUGAUCCGCGUCCCAGCGCACCGCCCGCUGCCCGUGCCGCCGCCCACGGGUGGGGCCCCAGCCGGGCCUGGGCCCUCGGGGCUGGGCGGCGCUGGGGGCCUGGCGGGACUCACUUUCCCCUGGAUGGACAGCGGCCGCCGCUUUGCCAAGGAAAGGCUCACGGCUGCGCUCUCGCCCUUCUCCGGGACGCGCCGCAUAGGCCACCCUUACCAAAACCGGACUCCGCCGAAGAGGAAGAAGCCGCGCACGUCCUUUUCCCGCUCCCAGGUGCUGGAGCUGGAGCGGCGCUUCCUACGCCAGAAGUACCUGGCCUCGGCGGAGCGGGCGGCCCUGGCCAAGGCCCUGCGCAUGACCGACGCGCAGGUCAAGACCUGGUUCCAGAACCGACGCACCAAGUGGCGGCGCCAGACGGCCGAGGAGCGCGAGGCGGAGCGGCACCGCGCAGGCCGGCUGCUCCUGCACCUGCAGCAGGACGCGCUGCCCCGGCCACUGCGGCCGCCGCUGCCCCCGGACCCGCUCUGCCUGCACAACUCGUCGCUCUUCGCGCUGCAGAACCUGCAGCCCUGGGCCGAGGACAACAAAGUGGCUUCGGUGUCCGGGCUGGCUUCAGUGGUGUGA